AGCAAUACAAUCCAUAGCUGAUCCGUACUCUUCGCGUCAAAAAGCGUCAGCGUUGGCGAAACUUCGCUGCUCGCGCACUGUCCUCGAAACCAAAGCGCAACUACGACUCCCGCGUCCUCGCAAGAUGGGUUUUCUCGCCGACUGCGAAGAGCUGUUCGGUACCUCCGACCUGUACAAGCUUCUCGGCGUGCCCAAAGAUGCGUCCGAAGCCGCCAUCAAGAAGGCGUACAGGCGCCUGUCGCUGCUCGUUCACCCCGACCGUGAGGGCGAUGCUCAAAAGGAGACGGCCACCCGAAAGUGCCAGGUCCUCUCCAAGGUGCAUCUGGUACUGGGCGACAGUGACAAGCGAGCCGCCUACGACAACAUCGGAUGCGUCGACGAGGACGACGACUUGGCCGGCGACCGCGACUGGACCUCCUACUGGGCCGUCGUGUUCCCCAAGAUCAACCUCGACGAUCUAGAUAAGUACCUUGCCAAAUACAGGGGUUCCAGUCAGGAGGUAACUGACCUCAAAGAGCACUACGAGCGCUUCGAGGGCGACUUCAACGCCAUCAGCGAAUGCCUCGUCGGCUUCGAAAUUGAAGACGAGGACCGCUACCGCAACAUUCUGAAUAAGCUCAUCGAGGACGGCGAAGUGAAGGCGUACCCCAAAUUCACUAAGGAGACCAAGAAGUCACGUAACGUGCGAAAGAGAUGGUAUAUAAAAGAAGCCAAAGAGGCCAAAAAAAGAGAGAUGGAAGAGGGUUUGGAUGGCAGCGGGGAAUCCCUGCCAAACGCCAUCGCCAAAAGACAGCGAUCGAAUUUGGAUAUCUUUGGAGGCUUUCGAGGUGUAAUUGCAAACCUCGAAGCCACGUACUGCAAGCCAAAGAAGAAGAAGGCGUCAAAGUGAUGACUUGUUGCUGCGGUGUUUGAGACUCACGACAGAUGCACAAAGGAUGUGCAAGACAGGCUUCUUCAGUCCAUGCCUGGACUGAACUUUGCUGUUUGAGUACCUAUUGCUUUAAAGGACUUGCAUAUUUCGGGUUGUGUUAGAGAGACCCAAUGUUCUGAGUCUUCACUAUGGACCGCAUAUAAUUCAACGCAUACUUUUGUUUAUCUGUGGUCGUCUCUUCGUGUGUGGACACAUUCCAUGUGACUGUGCGACGGUUAUCAAUAUGGUUGGUUGCUCAAAACGUGCAAGGAAGCAAUGCACAAGUGCUUAUGCUAUUCUGUUGCUCUUCUGUAGCGUCAUGCGCAAGAAAUAAAGAAAAACUGUUUCCCACCCUUU